CGGAUCAUCCCACAGAGAGCAGAAAACAACCCUUCAACGCAGCAUUUAAACUUCACAGCAUCGAAAUGGAGCGAGGCCUGAGUCUGCUGAUUGCCGCAGUGAUGCUUUUUGUGGCCCCGGGGGUCCAAGCAACAGACAGUUUCUCAUUUGCCACUAAUGCAACGGUAAACAUUACAAGGACAGGUUGCGGGAUGAGUAAGCUGUGCAUACAGACCCCAGACAACUGUGACCCUGCUGGGAACAGCAGCUGUUUCUUUGGAUCAGUGGCUGCAGGCAACACUACAGCUCCUAACGGCACCGAGCUGAUGUUCCAGCUCAGUGGGAACUCCACUGGGUACAUCGCACUGGGGCUCACCGCCAGUGCAACCCAGGGUACCACUGCGCUUUACAUCUGUGCUCAGAACAGCUCUAACAAUGCCUCAUUCUUCUUCGCGGCUCGGCAGAGAAACAACAUCAACAACGCACUCUCUACAUUUAAUUCGACUGUGACAAAGAUACGAGGCCAGGUAGUCAAUGGAAAGAUCCAGUGUGAGUUCUGUGUCCCCAAUUCGAAUGCCACCAACACCAGGAGCGCUGAUUCUACCACUUAUGUUGUCAUCCUUGGGUCUGGACCAUUGAAUGGAAACGAUUUUGGGACUUUCACAGCUAGCAAAACCACCGAUCCUCUGAACCUCGCCAACCCAAGCGCCAAUGUUGGAAACGGCACCACAAACGCCACCACAACCACCGCACCACCUUCUACGACAAAGAAUUCAGCCAGUGGCGCUCUUCACAGUCAUGCUUUGACACUCCUGCUAACUGUCCUCAUGCUGUUCGUCCUGAAGACAGCCUGAAAGAGUGCAGAGAGGAAGAACGUGACCGGUGAAGAUGACUGGUUUGCAAAACCAGAAAAUCUGAGUGUCAAGCUAUUUACGACGUGUUUACUGAACUAAUAGUGAAAUGUUUUAUGUUUCCUUUGCACUUUUUGUAUCUAUUGAAUUUGAAGAUGUUAUGUUGUUCAGUUUCAAAGUAAUUGUGUGGAUUUAGUCACCAAAUAUAUAUAUAUAUAUAUUUUAUAUUCAUGCAUGUGACUUACAUACACACACCUACAAGUAAGCAUACUUAGACAAAUGGCAAGAUGGUUUUGUUUAACAGAUAUAUGUACUGAUUGUAGAUUAUCUUUUAAAAGAUAAACUUACUGAAACUGAAGCUAAUUAUAAUAAAGUUAAACUAUGGUCUUAUCUCAUGAGCUGCAUCUCUGGACACAGUACAGUGAAAUCAACAAAUCCUAUCCCCUAAGAUACAGUGUGACACCCUUUCCUGGUGGUGAUGAGGGUGUGACUGAUGUCUAAAUGAACCUCAUCUGGUUAAAUCGAGAGACACACGGUACUGAAUCUCUCAAAACUGAUCACUGGAAUGUCAUCUCGUUUCCCUCUCACCGCCCUGUUUUAGCUGUGAGAAACAUCGGGUACAUCCCUAUUUUGUUACUUGUAUGUUCAGUGCAUACAAGUAACAUUCUGCACAAGCUGACUAACAGCUGUUUAUGAUUGUUGGUGGGAAUCUCAGUGCAUUCAUGAUAUACAGCAUGAUGAUAUAACUGCAUAGCACACUGAUCUCAUAAGAGAAAAGAUGAUUUGUGCAACCUGUAGCUGCUAGCUAAUUUAUAUCUGUAGUGCCUUAAAUAAGCUGUAAGAUAUAAAUAAACAAUCAAAUACAAAUGCA